CUGCGGGGCUGCGCGGCGGAGGAGCCGGAGGGCGCAGCCGGGGCGAGUCGGCGGCGGCGGCUGAGCGCGGAGGACGGCAUCUCCUUCGAGUACCACCGCUUCCCGGAGCUGCGCGAGGCGUUGGUGGCCGUGUGGCUGCAGUGCCCCUCCAUCAGCCGCAUCUACACCGUGGGCCACAGCUUCGAGAACCGCGCGCUGCUGGUCAUCGAGAUCUCCGACAACCCCGGCGAGCACGAGCCCGGGGAGCCUGAAUUUAAAUAUGUUGGGAAUAUGCAUGGGAAUGAAGCUGUUGGAAGGGAGCUGCUCAUCUUCUUGGCUCAGUACCUGUGUAAUGAAUACCAGAAAGGAAAUGAGACUAUUAUCAACUUGAUCCACAGUACGCGUAUCCACAUCAUGCCAUCCUUGAAUCCUGAUGGGUUUGAGAAGGCUGCAUCCCAGCCUGGUGAACUUAAAGACUGGUUUGUUGGUCGAAGUAAUGCUCAAGGAAUAGACCUGAACAGAAAUUUCCCUGACCUAGAUAGAAUAGUCUAUGUUAAUGAGCGAGAAGGUGGUCCAAACAAUCACCUAAUGAAAAACAUGAAGAAGGCUGUGGACCAGAAUCCUAAGCUUGCUCCUGAAACAAAGGGUAUCAUUCACUGGAUUAUGGAUAUUCCCUUUGUUCUCUCAGCCAAUCUCCAUGGAGGAGACCUUGUUGCAAACUAUCCAUAUGAUGAGACUCGUAGUGGAAGUGCUCAUGAAUACAGCUCCUGCCCUGAUGAUGCUAUUUUUCAAAGCCUGGCUCGGAGUUAUUCAUCUUAUAACCCUGCCAUGUCUGAUCCAAACAGGCCACCGUGUCGUAAAAAUGACGAUGACAGUAGCUUUGUAGAUGGAACAACCAAUGGUGGCGCUUGGUACAGUGUUCCUGGAGGAAUGCAGGACUUCAAUUACCUCAGCAGCAACUGCUUUGAAAUCACUGUGGAGCUGAGCUGUGAGAAAUUCCCACCAGAGGAAACUCUGAAGAGAUACUGGGAGGACAACAAGAACUCACUUGUCAAUUACAUUGAGCAGAUACAUCGGGGAGUGAAGGGAUUUGUUAGAGAUCUUCAGGGUAAUCCAAUUGCGAAUGCUACGAUUUCUGUGGAGGGAAUAAAUCAUGACAUUACAUCAGCCAAAGAUGGGGAUUACUGGAGAUUGCUUGUGCCUGGAAAUUACAAACUCACAGCCUCAGCACCAGGCUAUCUUGCAAUAACUAAAAAAGUGGCCGUUCCCUUUAGCCCUGCCAUUGGGGUUGAUUUUGAAUUGGAAUCAUUGUCUGAGAGAAAAGAAGAAGAAAAAGAAGAGUUGAUGGAGUGGUGGAAGAUGAUGUCAGAAACCUUAAAUUUUUAAAUGAAGCUUUGAAAUUACACCUUUUAAUCUAUGACAUGUUGACUUAGUAUACUGUACUGUGGACAGUCCCUAUACUUUAGAUUUUGUGCAAUUCACAAUACUUAGAGGUUUUUCAGCAGUCUUUGGAUUAAUAACCUGAUUUUAAAAAAACAACAAACAGUUAGGCUACUAGUUAGACAAAUAAGUUAUUAAUUUUCUUUCAUAUUAUUAUAGAAAAUUCACUUUCCUACAUCUAUGAUGCAGAAAAAAUGAGGGAGCACCUCAGCAGCCUAAAUGGAAAUAAAAUUUUCUGUUUGCCAUUUACAAAUUCAGAGUGUGUAGGUUAACUCUUGAUUAUAAAAAAAAUAUAUUUUAAGUUCCAAAUAUCGCCAAAAAUAUUUGGUAGUACUUAUAAGGAAAUGACCAUUCUGUAUUGAAUUAGCUAAUGAAUGUCAUUGAAAAAGGAUAUUAUAACAGUUUGGUGUUGUAAGUAAUGUUCGACAAGAAGUAAACUAGAAUAUAAAAUGUUGUAUGUCUCUGCUGUUGGAGCUAUAUAAGUGUAUAAAAAAGUAUGUAUAUGGUUUUAUGUUAGUAAGUGGAAAAAACUUGUUUAAGAGGAUCUAAGAUUAAUCACAGGGAAUGAUACAAGUUUAUUCCUUCAUCUGUUAAUGAUCCUGAAGCACAGAAUUUGGGAUGUUUUGGACACUUAUUAACCAAAUUAAAAAUUAUGAAUGGACAAAGAAGAACUGUUGAAACAUGUGCAUUUUGUUAACAUGCUUCUUGUGUUUGCGGUGUGUUUCAGUGA